UAAACACCAGUUUCCUUCAGCAUGUGGGUGGUCAGUCAGUCAUUUGCUUGGUUGUAGUGUAUGUUUUGGGUAAUUCUGCUGACCUGGCGCUGACUACGUAAUAUUAGAAAGAGACGGGAGAAGAGGAACUGAAGGCCGAGGACCAUAGCAACUGGCAGUGAUACUCAGCAGCAACUGUCUUGUGUUUAGGGUAGUUAGCUCAAAGAGCCCUUUGAUUUGUCUCGAGCGCGCGCUCAGCACGUGACAUUCGCCUACAGAACAAAGUUGUAACAACAUGGAAGACUCAGAGAAAGUGUGUUUGAAUUUAGCAUUGAGCUUGGUGCCGUUUUUUAACAUUUUAAGAGAAGACAUGGAAGAGAAUAUUAAUCAACUUGCCCAAGACUUAGAAAAAUGUUGUCACAACAAUCCCGACGUUGAAGUAAUCCAUACCGGAAGUGGAUUCGAAGGACUUUCUCUUCCUCAUCUAGAGAAACGACAAGCGUGGAACACCGAUGCCGAUCAUAUGAUCAUAAGAACCAACUUAAAAGUACAUGAGGGAAUGCGGCGAGAAGAGAAAGAUCCAGAGAAAAGUGUCAAUGUGGAGCAAGAUUUGUCUGGAGUCGGUGAAGGCGGCGAAGGCUCAACGAUAGCUGCAAACAUGAACGUCGCGGAGGAUAUCUUGUACACCUUUGACGCGUUACACUCGGGCUAUGCACACGUGUCAAAAAAGAAAGUCUUUCAUCCGAUGGAUACAUCUUUCAUUCGGGAGCACUGCCUUCAGAACUCUGAAUUCAUUGAGAACAGUCAAGAUUCGAUUCCUCUCAGUCGCACCACCUUAAUGGCUGUAGGUGACGGCACCAUCACAGGCCCGUCGUAUUCUCUUCCCUAUACUGGAGGGUCUUUCAUUGUUAAUCGAGACUUUGUUUAUGGUCUCAAAUGUGAAUUCUGGCCCUCACAAGCGGAGGAAUGGAUACACCGAGACAGACGUCAGAACUGGCCGAGCCCGGAACUCAUCUCCUCGAUAUCAGCAAAGGGCUGCCACCUCGUGCCAGUUGGUUCCCAUACCAGCAGCUUACGAGAAUUUGAAUGGAGAUAUUCUUUUUCGGUAGCUGAGAUGACGCUCGCUGGAUUCCUAACAGAGAAUCACAAGUUAGCUUACUCUGUUCUGAAGUCGCUGAUCAAGAGCGAGAUGAAGCUGCGUGACAUUGAUGUGUUCGCGUCGUUUCAUCUCAAAACUUGUUUGUUUUGGUUCCUUGAGCAGAAGGGAGUCGAAUCGUGGGGGAAACAGAGCUUAGGGACGAAUAUUCUUGAACUUCUUGACUUUAUUAUUUCAUUCUACGCCAACGGUUCUGUCCCAAGCUAUUUCAUUUCUAAGAAUAAUAUGAUAGAUCACCGUUCUUCAGAGGAAAUUUGGAAAGCAUGUCACGCUCUCGGAGACAUUCGAGCCACUGUAACGCAAUCCCUGUGUCGUUAUAUUGAAACCAAUCACGCACUUCCGGUUUUCUUCGAUACUUCUCUCACUCAGCAGCUCAAAGAAAACCAUGAAAAGUUUGUUCAAAACUGCAAAUACAAUUUUCUUGUGAUGGCUUUGGCUUACAUCCUAAAAGGCAUAAAAAUGGAGAAAAACCACCAAUGUGAAGCAGAUUGUCUGGUCAAGAAAGCCCGGCUUCUGCACGAAGCUAAACUGGAUGGAAGCACACAGAAGUACGCACAGCUGCUUGCAGCUCUUUCUGAAGUUUCACAUGCCGCUGAAAGUUCAACGUCAAGCAUGGUGCUUUCACUGUUAGAGGAGUACUUAGCCGCAGAUCAGCUGAAAGUAACAGAAAGCAGCGCGGUAGCACUUGCAGUAUUUAACGUAUUCUUAACUCUUCAUCCCACUACACAGGGCGAAGCUGGCUUUGAAAGCAAUUCUGCAGGGUUUCAAGAACACCUGACCAAUCUUGCGGUCAAGGAAUCUCUCUUUUGGGCAGCGCGACUACACGAGAAGUACUGUGACGCCAUUUAUGAUUUUGUGGUAAAGAAAUGGGUAAAUGGCCCCAAAUUCCACACCGAUGAUGACGACGCUAAAAAGGUCAUGAAGCUGUUGAUGGUAGUUCUCGGAAAACCAACAAAACAGGCCAGUGCAGUAACCGGCUCAGUAGUCAAACGAACGAUCGAAGGCCAAAGGUUUAUCCAGAUGCGUUUCUUGGCAGACUAUUUGCUGCACGUACAUUUAGAGAGUGCCUACAUCGCUUUCCAAGCUGUCGCUUAUCUCAUGGGCAGAAGUGUUCUGUCCGAAAUUUAUGUGAUUAUCAAUAGGUCUGCUUAUAAUCAGAGCAAGCUACGUGCAAUAGAAUUAGUCUUGUCUAAACAAGAAUUACAAUCUGAACUCUCUGAGAAAGAUUUUGCCAAGCUGGUUCAAACGCAACAUGAGUUAUUGAAUUGAUUAACUAUGUCGGCGAAAGCUAUUUUAAAGUAACCGCUCUGAAGUCUUUGUUACCAUAUCUAUACUGUUGACGACUCAAAACAUCCCUGAUUCCAAUAAAUCUUGCACUAGCUGUGUAGAUCA